CAGCACAGCAGCAGCAGCCUGAACUCCAGUCUCAAUGAGCGCCUGUGACACUGGCAACAGGCCCUCCCCUCGCCCCUCUCCAUGGAUGUAAUCUCUGACUUGCCAACAGGUACUUGUAAGAUCUCAGACAAAGUAAUCUCUCCAGACCUGGGUGAGCUUUUGGCAGGAGAGACAGAGCAGAGCUCCCACAGCGCAGAGUCUCUGGUGAAAGAAAUCCCUGUGGAAGCGUCUGCCGACAUGGGUCGUCAAGAGAGCGACCACGUGCGGAAGAAGGUCACUGAAAACAUCCACGAGGUUUUCGACUUCAUGGAGGAGUUGGGAUCGGGGGCGUUCUCCGAGGUGUACAUGGUGAAGGAGAAGAAGACGGGAAAGAUGUUUGCCAUGAAGUGCGUGAAGAAGAAACAGAAAAGAGACCUCAAUCUGGAGAAUGAGAUCGCCGUGUUGAGACGAAUCAAACACGACAAUGUGGUGGGGCUGGAGGAUUUAUAUGAAAGUUCGACCCAUUACUAUCUCCUCAUGGAGCUAGUUGCCGGCGGUGAGCUCUUUGACCGUAUACUGGACCGGGGGGUGUACUCGGAGAAGGAUGCCAGCAGCGUGAUCCAGCAGGUGCUUCAGGCCGUUAGCUAUCUGCACGAAAACGGCAUAGUGCACCGUGAUCUCAAGCCAGAGAACAUCCUGUACUUCAGCCAGGAUGAGAACUCCAAGAUCAUGAUCAGUGAUUUUGGGCUCUCCAAGAUAGUGGAGAGCGACAUCAUGUCGACCGCCUGUGGCACCCCGGGAUACGUAGCCCCUGAGGUUUUGGCACAGAAGCCCUACAGCAAGGCAGUGGACUGUUGGUCUAUUGGAGUUAUCACCUACAUCUUACUCUGUGGAUAUCCCCCUUUUUACGAAGAAAGUGAAACAAGACUGUUCUCGAAGAUCAUGAAGGCGCAGUACGAGUUUGACUCGCCCUUCUGGGAUGACAUUUCUGAAUCUGCUAAAGAUUUCAUUCGUAACAUGAUGCAGAAGAAUCCCAGCAUGCGCUACUCCACUGACCUGGCGCUCAGACAUCCCUGGAUUAUCGGAGAGACGGCCCGGAGUCAGGACAUCUACUAUUCCGUCAGUGUUCAGAUCCAAAAGAACUUUGCCAAGUCCAAGUGGAAGCAAGCCUAUAACGCUGCAGUAGCCAUCAGCCACAUGAAGAAGCUGCAGCUGGCUGCAAGGCAGCCCAGUAUCCCAGACAUCAAGGUGGUCGAUUUGUCCUCCCCGAAGAAAAGCCACAUACGUCUCGAUCCAGACAAACUGGACCCCAAGCUGCCGGGGAUCAACGGCACAGUAAGCGGGACGCAUCACAUGUCCCUGCCCACGAGUCCCUUGGACCCAAAGAGCCAUUAUCACACACUGAAGACCACUCAGAGUCAGGCCGUCCCGCAUCACGCCCCCUCUAUGGCUGAGCAGAGCAAGAACAUCUACCACUCAGAGCCCGCCAACCUCAACGGGUAUGGUAAAACCUGCAACAGCAAGGCUGUACAGACCGGAGUGUGCUCAGUCAUGUGAAGGCUGCAGGAAGUUUACAUGGAAACAUUUUACUUGGUCAGUGUAGCUGUGCUGACUCAGCGUGGAGCUGUUUUGUGUCGGCAGGCCCCCCUCCCCCCAACCAGUACUGGGAAUGACAAGUGGUUAAUCCUCUGACGGGCCCAGACGGUCUGCGAGGUCCAUACAGUCAGUGGGACUUUUUUUUAUUUUUGGAAAGAGUGCCUAUAAAGUUUCCCGACAACCACACAGAAGCACACACACACACACACACACACACACACACACACACACACACACAGCUUUCAGAUGCAAUACUCACUUUAACUCAGAUGCACAGGGUAGACUUGAGUGAAAGUGGCUAGAUGAGCCAGUAUUGCUGCUGCUGAAUGUCCAGCUAAUUCAGUGUGAAGCAGCCCCGGCCCUCUGAUGUCAUCAAGGCUUUAUAAUUAUCACGCUUCCUGUUUUUUUUUUUAUCAGGGAGAGUUUGAUUCAUCAGUGCACACUUAGUGUCCAGGUUUAUUAGGACUGUGGUUACAUGUUUAAGAAAAUACACACAAUGCAAUAAGACAAAUUAUUGUACUUCAUGUGUUGAAUAUUACCAAACCUCCAUAAACGCAAUGAAAUGUAUGGAAAACCUGCAUGCUUACUAGUUCAAAUAAGCCAUACUGGUAUAAUCUAUUCUGUUAUGUUUGUUUGUUGUUCGGGUUUUUUUUCUAAAGUAUUUUCUUCUUCUUUUUUAUUAAAUGAUAAUGAUAAAAAAAGCUAUAAGACAAAAAAAACAUAGUAUAUGUUUAAACUGAUAAAUUAUUACCAGUGUAAAUGUCACGAGUAUAUCCAUAACUUGCCAACUCCUAGCUCUCACAUGCCAUCAAGCUGCUAGAAUAUAAACUGUCAUUUAUAUUCACUGUAAUAGAUGUUUCUCAUCUUAUUGUAAGUGGAUCAUGCUGCAGUCUUUUUGUUUCUCUCCAGCUGUAUGUUGCUUUGUGUUGAUGCAUUCAACAGAUGUUGAUCUAGUCCAUGUAUUAUGAUGGGAUCCCUGUAUGCUCAUUAAUAAAGCAUUUUUCUGCCAU